AAAAUAGACUAUUCCAAGUAGACGUUUUGCAAGUUUUCAACAAGCAUGAUCUCCUAAUAUCUAUAUAUAUAAAUCCAUGUAGAAGCAUCAAUUCUAUACACAAAUAUGAAAAAUAUGGAGCAUUUGAAAUGUUGGAGAGGAGCGGUGGUAAUUAUAUUGGUGCUGCUAAAUUGGUUGGAUUGGAGUCAUGGAUGUGUCGACCAAGAGAGGGAGGCUCUCUUACAACUCAAAUCUACCUUUGAACGCUUGAAUUUGCCCGAGGGUAAUUCUUCAGAUUGUUGUGAAUGGGAAAGGGUGGAGUGCAACGCCACCACUGGAAGAGUAACCAAGCUCUCUCUUGAGAGUACCGGAAACGGGAAUGUUUAUCUCAACGCUUCUUAUUUUCUUCCCUUUGAACAACUCACAAGUCUCAACUUACACGACACUUAUUUAGAUGGUUGUGUGGAGAACCAAGGAUUUGAAAUACUGUGGUCGAGGUUGAGGAAACUGGAGGUCCUUGACUUAAGUUCGAAUUAUUUCCAGGACAACAUCAUAUCAUCUCUGAGUGGCUUUUCUUCUCUCAAAUCUCUUUCUUUAAACCAAUUUAAUCAAAUGGGAGCAACCUUAGAUGACAGUGGUUUUGAAAGUCUAUGGCAAUUAAGGAAUUUAGAGACUCUUGAUUUGAGUGGUACAAAAUUCAACAACAGCCUCUUGUCAUCCUUGCGUGGUCUUUCUUCUUUAAAAGAUUUAAAUCUUGCAGACAACCAAUUAAGUGGAACUAUUGAUAUGGAGGAUUUAAGUAAUCUGGUCAACUUGAAGAAGUUGGACCUGUCUAAAAAUGAGAUUACAGGCUUUGUAUCCUUUAAAGGUGAUCUGGAGUUACUCGAUUUGAGCGAUAACUACGUCAACAACAGUGUGUUUUUCUCUCUUACUGAAAUGUCGCAUCUCAAGUCUUUGAAUUUGUCGGGGAAUCAAUUGACAGGAUCAAUACACCUUAAAGAGUUGGCAGGUUUAAGGAAUUUGGAGGAGCUACGGCUCGAUGGCAACAACAUUGAAGAGAUUACGGGUCCAGAAGACAGAACAAUAUUGAACAAGUUAAAGGUGCUUGGUCUGGCAUCUCUCACAACCAAUGGUAAAAGCACUCUGCUAAAGUCAUUGGGGGCACUAUCAACUCUCAAGACAAUUGAUCUUGGAGGAAAUAUUUUGAAUGAGACAAAUACAUCUCGAGAGUUAUUUAAUUUGAGUACCUUGGAAGAAUUGUUUCUAGACCAUUCUAGCCUCCACAAAAAUUUUCUCCAAAAUCAUGUUGGAUCUUCCACUUCUCUCAAAGUUCUUCACUUGAGUAAUUGUGGUCUCAAAGGCACCCUAUCCGGUCGAGGCUGGUGUGAACUAAGUAAAUUGCAGGAGCUUGAUCUUGGUCACAAUGAACUUGAAGGGACACUUCCGUCGUGUUUGGCAAAUCUGUCAUCUCUUCGAAUUUUGGAUCUCUCUAACAACCGAUUCAGAGGAAAUAUUGUGUCCAGCCCCAUAUCCAAUCUCAAGUCUAUUGAAUACCUCUCGAUUCAAUAUAAUCACUUUCAAGUAUCCUUCAAGCCAUUCGCAAACCACUCAAGUCUAAAAACUUUCCUGGCUAAUGAUGGUAACGAGUUGAUUGAUGAAGCUGACUCUCAACUUUGGACUCCGAAAUUCCAACUAGAGGUAUUGAUCUUGUCAAAUUGCAUACUGAAUAAUUCCAAUGUAAAUUCUCUCAACUUCCUACACCACCAAUUCGAGUUGAGAUAUCUUGACCUCUCCGGAGCAAACUUUAGUGGGGCAUUCCCCAAUUGGUUGUUAGAGAACAACACAAGAUUAGAAACUGUUUCCUUGGCUAAUAACUCGUUUUUCGGCCCGUUUCGUUUGCCAUCUCAUUCUAAUCCAAACAUGUCUGUAAUAGACGUAUCCCAAAACAAGUUACAGGGUCAGAUUCCGUCAAACAUUUCUUCUAUUUUCCCGAAUCUACGGAUCAUAAAUCUAUCUGAGAAUUCCUUUCAAGGUACGAUACCUGCAAGUUUUGGUGAGCUAAAGUCCUUAACAUCUUUGGACCUCUCAGACAAUCAACUUUCUGGUGAAUUAGAAGUGCUAUUUGCUAAGACUUGGUUAUCGCUCUUGAAGCUUUCAAACAACUACUUUUCUGGGCACAUUCCUGCCAAUUUUAACCUGUGUAGAUUUGAAAUUUUACAAUUGGACGGCAACAACUUUGUUGGAGAGUUACCUGAUCUCUCAUCAUUAGGAAAUCUGGGAGUAUUGGAUAUGAGUGAUAAUUCUCUAUCAGGCAAGCUUCCCAGAUGGGUAGCGAAUAUGUCGCAUUUGUACACAAUUGAUUUGUCUGAUAAUCAAUUCAAUGGUCCUAUUCCGCCAGAAUUCUGCACACAAAGGUUCCUUGUAAUCUUGGAUCUUUCUGGGAAUAAUUUAUCUGGGUCUAUACCAUCUUGUUUCAGGGAAUUGAUAAAUAUAGAGCAUAUCCAUUUGAGAAGAAACAAAUUGAGCGGGCCAAUGAGCCAAUCCUUUUAUGGUUUGCCCUUUUUGGUUACCUUGGAUCUUGGAGAGAAUAAUUUCAGUGGCCAAAUACCAAAUUGGAUCGGAAACUUCUCUGAGUUGGGGAUUCUUAUUUUGCGAGGAAAUCAGUUCCAUGGUGAUAUUCCUAUUCAUUUAUGCAACUUGAAUGAAUUAAACAUAUUGGAUCUGUCCUCAAAUAGCCUCUCUGGACGUUUGCCUCCAUGCCUAAGUAAUUUUUCGUUUAUCUCGGGAUCCCACCUCUGGUACCCUUUUGAGAUAGGUGAGCACGGAUUAUUUGGAGAGUCGAUAAGCUUCAACUAUAUCAGGUCCACAUUGAAAGGAGAGCUAGAGUUUACAUCAAAGGGUAACUCCCUUAAUUACACAGGAUACAUUCUGGAUCACAUGUAUGGAAUCGAUCUCUCUUGUAACCGAUUCUCCGGAGAAAUUCCCCCUGAAUUUGGAAAUUUGACUGCUCUCAGAGCCUUGAAUUUAUCUCACAACAGUUUGAAUGGUUCAAUCCCUACAUCGUUUUCAAACCUCAAGCAGUUAGAAAGUUUGGAUCUUUCCUACAACGACUUGAAGGGUCGAAUUCCCCCUCAAUUGACUGAAAUAAACACUUUGGCGGUGUUUAGUGUAGCACAUAAUAAAUUAUCAGGUCCACUUCCUGAUUUCAAAGGUCAGUUUGCGACAUUUAGCAAUAGUUGUUAUGAAGGAAAUCCCCUUCUUUGUGGACUUCCAUUGAGCAACAACUGUGAUAAAACUCCCCCUACAUAUCCCUUGAAAGAAGAAAGCGAGGAAGAUGGUUUCAUGGACAUGACGUUUUUCUGGAUAACCUUUGCAGUGACUUACACCGUGGCACUAUUUGGUGUAGCUAUAGUCUUGUUCAUAAAUUCACAUUGGCGACAUGCAUGGUUUUAUCACAUUGACUUAUGUUUCAACACUUGUUACUAUUUUGUGGUGGACAAGUUCCAUUAAGUGGUAGAAGUACUGAAUUUGUUGUAUUUCAGUUUGUAAUGGAUGUGAUCACAGAAAAACCUAAUUAAAAUCCUUGUCUGCAUCUUUCUUUCUCA